AUGAAGCAAUUCAUCCAGUCCCUCUCCGCUCUCACUCAUGGCACACAAACAGACAAGUUAUCAUGGGCAUUCCGUUUGUACGAUAUCAAUGGUGAUGGAAUGGUGACCCGGGGUGAAAUGCUCAAGGUGGUCAAUGCAAUUUACGAUCUGCUCGGAAGGAACACAGAACCACCGAUCGAGGAGAACACGACCAGUGAUCAUGUGGAACGUGUGUUCCGGUCAAUCAAUCUGGACUAUGCCAUGGGAUCCGAGACCAGAGUCAACACCCCUGGGGUGGCUGUAUUGCCUCUCGGUAACCCACCGAAUUGGCUACGAUGUUAG